AUGAAAAACUUUGAUGACAAAAAAUUUGUUGAAGAUUUACUUAAUCAGCAUUGGGAAUAUGUAUACUUCUUCGCUGAUAAUCCAAACACUAUGUGGGUGAUUUGGAAGAAAUUGUUUGAGGAAGUACUAAAUAAGCAUGCACCCAUUCAACAAAAAAAGAUCAGAUCAAAAAAAGUCCCUUGGAUUACUAGUGAAAUCAAAAAGCUUAUAAAUAAGAGGGAUAGAUCUAAGAGAAAAGCCAUUAUUAAAAACCUUGAAGCAGAUUGGUUAGUGUAUAAACAAACCAGAAAUAAAGUAAAUAUAGAAAUGAAAAAAGCCAAAAAGGAUUAUUACUCCAAGAGGAUUGCUGGUCAAAAGCAAAAUCCAAAGGAGGCUUGGAAAACAAUAAACAACUUACUAGGCAGACAAAACAAACCAACAAAA